AUGUCGCAAGCGAAUGCAUCGAUUCGUGCCCAGCGAAUAUUGCUUAACUUAUCGCUGAUCUCUUGCUUUGGAUUAGCUCAAGAGAAUGUGUUCAAUGGCGGCGCAUUAGAAGACUAUCUGAGAUGCGCAUCUGUUGAGUGGAGUACUGCUUAUGAGCGAUGUGGACACCCCUUACAAAUACCGAAUUCAGUGCUACACCCUCUCAACUUCGGGCAGACGAUACAAGCUAUCCCUGCAGCAUUGCCAACUGAUGCACUCAACAUUUUACAAAAGCGUCAUCAUGGCUUCAAGUAUCGGACAUUUCAGGGUUCGAUUCAACCUUCAGAAGCCAAAUUGAAUGCAUCGUUCUACAUCGAAUCUCGGUGCCCGGAUACAACCAGAUUCAUUCGAUAUCAACUUGGACCAGCAUGGGAGAAGUUGGGAUCAUCGAAUCACAUCACAUGGAACAUAAUUGUAUUCGGUAAAGCAAAAUGCACGCCAAAAGGCGACCAUGAUUUCAGCUGCAUUUGCCAGCAUGGAACCACCGAAUGCGAGUUGAAUCAACUGAUGAAUUGCGUAAUUAAGCGGCUGCAUGAUAUCAAUCUAUAUUUCCCGGUGAUAUAUUGCAUACAGAAUAGGCGCAAUCUUAAGGAUGCCCAGCAGCACUGCAUUGAAGGACAACUUGAAUCGGCAGCCAGCAUAAUGGCUUGUGCGAGCGGAGCAGAAGGACGCGGGCUACUGGCUGAUGCCGGAGCACAAACAAGUCAAUUACAACCACCACUGAACUUCGUGCCAUGGAUCACAAUCAAUGGCUUUCGAUCUGUGAACUCCGUUUACAAUCUGUUCCAGGAACUUUGCAACCAACUUAUACCGCAACCUGACGUGUGCUUGAGACAAAACUUCUUUCAGUGGGGCUGA